UUUCAUGAUCGUGUCAGCCAUACGUGUGCAGAAGGGACGUUGAAGUCACGGUCUUUCGGAACACCAUCUUCUUGAUUCUUCUCGGUUUUUCCGAACGGCCGAAGAACUGCGAUCGUGCGGAGAAACGUGACUGUUCCUAGUGACUGCGAAAAAGCAAGACACUGUUAUGCAUGAUAUUGCAUAUUGAAGCAUACUGAGUUCUCGUGCGAAGAAAUGCUAUUGCUGAAAUAAAUAUUCGAUUUUAUACGGAAAAGGACUAUUUCGUAGACAGGCAAGGAAGCCACUAGGUAAGCAGGCAGCCAGUCACUCAGACAAGCAGGCAGGCAGCCAGCUAGCUAGCUAGCUAGCCAGCUAGAUAGCAAGACAAGCCAGAGCAGACUAGAAGCAGAACAGGUAAUAUAAUCUAAAGUAAGGCCACUAGAUAACCAAGAAGUCAAAAUAGCAAGAAGUCAAGUAACCAGGCUAGGAAUCAAGGAAACACGUACUUCGCGAGACGAGCAGCAGGCAAACAGUGAAUCAAACAGACAAGCAUCAGUGUUCCCGGUACCGGCAUAAUAUUCAGUGCGAGUACGAAAAUUGGUUAUUGUAAAAAUGGCCGCCGAACUACAAAACAAGACCCGAAUGCAGGUUUUCAAGAACAAAGGGAAAGAUCAAGAGGAAAUGCGUAGAAGAAGAAAUGAAGUCACUGUAGAACUACGCAAAAACAAAAGGGAAGAAACUUUGCUGAAAAGGAGAAAUGUACCUAUUACAGAUUCCACUGAUGAAGAUGAUGUAGAGAAGACUCUGUCAGAAGUAGAUUUGCAGGCUCUAGUAAUGAAAGCAGGUAGUUCCGAUCCUGCUGUACAAUUACAGGCAGUACAGUCUGCAAGAAAACUGUUAUCAUCGGAUCGUAAUCCACCGAUCGAUCCAUUGAUUAGAAGUGGUAUUCUGCCAAUUCUUGUCCAUUGCCUCGAGCAACACAAUCAACCAUCAUUACAAUUUGAGGCAGCAUGGGCCUUAACGAACAUAGCAAGUGGCACCUCUGCUCAAACACAAGCAGUUGUGGCUGCUGGUGCAGUUCCAUUAUUUUUACACUUGCUUCUUUCCAGCCAGCAAAAUGUAUGUGAACAGGCUGUCUGGGCCUUAGGAAAUAUUAUCGGAGAUGGACCGGUACCACGAGAUUAUGUUAUUAAUCUUGGUGUUGUACAGCCGCUGUUAACGUUCAUCAAACCGGAGAUACCCCUUUCUUUCUUGCGCAACGUCACGUGGGUGAUCGUUAAUUUAUGUAGAAGUAAAGAUCCACCACCGCCAGUUCAGACGAUAAAGGACAUUUUACCAGCGCUCAAUGUACUCAUUCAUCAUACGGACAUGAAUAUCCUCAUUGACACUGUGUGGGCCCUGAGUUAUUUAACGGAUGGUGGCAACGAGCAAAUUCAAAUGGUCAUUGACAGCGGUGUAGUACCACAUCUUAUUCCGCUUUUAUCGCACAAAGAAGUCAAAGUGCAAACCGCCGCCUUAAGAGCAGUAGGAAAUAUUGUUACUGGUACUGAUGAGCAAACUCAAACAGUCCUUAACUGUGAUGCACUAUCCCACUUCCCAAAUCUCUUGACCCAUCCCAAAGAAAAGAUUUGUAAGGAGGCUGUAUGGUUCCUUUCGAACAUAACAGCUGGAAAUCAGACGCAGGUGGAAGCGGUUAUCGAUGCGGGAUUAUUACCCCUCAUUAUUCGUAAUUUAUCGAAGGGAGAGUUUCAAACGCAAAAAGAGGCUGCGUGGGCGAUUAGCAAUCUGACGAUAAGCGGAAAUAGGGAACAGGUUGCACGACUUAUUCAGGAAGGCGUAAUCGGGCCAUUCUGUGAUCUGUUAGUAUGUAAAGACACUCAGGUUGUGCAGGUGGUACUUGACGGAAUUCACAAUAUGCUCAAGCUUGCCGGACCUCAGGUGGAACAACUGGCUAAUAUGAUUGAAGAAUGUUCAGGCUUGGACAAAAUCGAAUCGUUGCAAAACCACGAAAACGUGGACAUUUACAAAUUAGCCUAUGAUAUUAUCGAGCAAUACUUUUCGGAAGAGGCGGACGAUGCCAACUUGACAUCUCAGGUUGCCGAAGGGACAUUUGAAUUUGAUCCAACGACGUCUGCUCCAAGCGAAGAAUUCAAUUUCUGAGAGGGCGGGGGCAGUUCCUUGGUGACAUUCGAUCGUGCCGUCCUCCAUCAAGAGACUCCAAUUCCGACAGCGAAUCCAACAUUGACACUGACUCUAUUGCAGAGUUAUUAUGCUUUCCCUUCCUUUGACCUACGACGACCUCUCCUCGCUCCGAAGACGACACGUGCCGUCACCUACGCGCAACAGCUGAACCAAGAAUCUCGAUUUCAAUCGGCCCGACAAUAUUGCGCGAAUUACUGGCCUUUCUGCGCGUAACGGUUAUUUACGAUAAUCGCACACGAUAGACAGGAUAUAAUGUAAAACAACAAUAACGUAGUACCAUUUGCAGAGCUACGCACGCCUCUCAGAGCAAUGCAGUGUGCACCCGUGUAAAAAUGGAUAUACAUAAGGUGUCACAUAGUGGCACACAGUGACACACUGCUCGAGAAAGAGAGAAAAAAAAACUUGCUACCGAAACAAGUGCCACUUGGAGCAAUGUGAAAAAAAAAGAAAAAAAAAUGUAAAGUCCAAAUCGUAAAUCGUAACUCGUUAAUCGAAAUCGAAUUUUACAUCCUCGACAUCUCUUCCCCUCGAUCGAUCGUGUUCUUUCGUUUCUUCCGAUUACUUUUUACCGUAGAUAUAUACCUUGUACUUUUUAUUAUACAUCUACAUUAGAGGAACAAGUCUAUUAAAGAUGCUGCUAGGAAUACGACGCCAUCAUCGCUAAUGGCGUGUAUUAAAAAUUACUCAGUUCGACGAUUAUUGUCAAAACCACGAAGAAGCCAAGGAAUUAUCAGAGCUCACCCGUGCCGCUCUCUACUCUCGUGUUCGGGCCGAGUCUUGGUUCACGAUGUUAUAUUUAUAAACGAUUCGUGUAUAUUUUAGGCAUGUUAAAUUUAUAAUGAUAUUGAUUACUAAAUAAAUCGAUUAACUACUC